AUCGCCAAAAUACACAAAACCCUGGGUUUUUGCAAAAACCUACUUAUACAAACCCCAGCCCCACCAGUCCCGGCAAUCACCAGUCCCCGCCCACCACCACCAUCACCACCACAGCUGCCAUAAACCACCAGCGUUUUAUUUAGGAAGGAGAGAUGGUGCAGCAUAAGGCUCAGUUGAAGAAACAACACCAAAAGCCGCAGAAGCACGGUUUUGACUUCAAAAAAAUAAAGCGAAAGAUUGGAAGGAAGUUACCCCCACCUAAGAAUACCACCAAUACUGAUGUCAAAUUUAAAGCUAUUAUAUUACCGGAACAAAGUUUAGUAUCAGACAAGGCGGGUCUUGCUGUUAGUAAAAAAGGUUUGACUCUUAAAGAGCUGCUUCAGCAAACAUCACAUCACAACGUUAAAGUUCGCAGAGAUGCAUUGAUGGGUAUUAGGGAUAUCUUUCUCAAACAUCCGGAAGAACUCAAGAUGCACAGACUUUCUGUUAUAGAAAAACUGCGCGAGCGCAUGAGUGAUGAAGAUAAAACUGUUCGUGAGACCCUAUAUCAACUUCUAAAGGCAGUCAUAUUUCCUGCCUGUAAAGAGGAUAACCAGCGAACUUUCAUAUCAUUGAUGAUGGCAUAUGUAUUCAAUGCAAUGACGCAUUUGGCAAUCGAUGUUCGUUUGAUGGCUUUCAAGUUUUUUGACCUUGUUGUCCAGCACUACCCACUGUCAUUCUCCAUGUAUGCUGAAAAGAUCAUCCAACAUUACAAAGAGAUAUUGCAGAAGAACCAAUUUAAUCUAAAUGAUAAAGGAAAGCUUAAGAGUGUCCUUGCUGGUUUGGCAUACUGUCUCUCCCUUUUGCCGUAUAAUAAGAAGGAUAGUAACUCGUCAACCCAGAAAUUUGUUGCUAAUAGACGAAUUUUGCAUGCUUUUGAGUCUGAAGUACAUGUAGAUCCUUCUGGGUUUUUAGUGAUUGCGAAGGAGCUUAAGGGACUUUUGCCUAUAUUAGUUGGCGGUUUCCAAGAUUUUAUGCCUUCAGUUUUGACAAUGCCUACUUUGGAAGCACAAUCAUUUGAUUGUGUGCUUUCUAUAUUGAAAAGUAUAGAUUUUGUUGUCAAGUUCUUUGUUUAUGGGAACGGCAGAAAUCAACAAGCUGAAGUUUCACUAACUUCCAACAGAAGAGAUCAAGAUAUGUUGCAGAUUGUUUUAAAGAAGUUAUUUGUUGUCUUUCCCUUGAACCCGGCACACCAGUCAUCAGGAAAGGAUGAUAAUAGGUAUUUUAUCUUAAAUGUUAUUGUUUCGGAGAUCUUCUUUUGCUUAAUUGAUUGGUCAGCUCCCCCAUCUACCUUUCUGGAAAAGUUCCUGGUGUUCAUUGUAGAUGCAUUGUCUGAGAAGGUGUGCAACAUUUCACAUUCUGGCAAAGCAUUUUUCUUGAAGCAUUCACUUCCACUUAUCCCCUUCAUCCCGGAACUGAUCACGCACAUGGAUAGUACUUGGAAAUUACACAUACUUCAGGCUUUUACAGAGGUUUUCAAGAAGUGUGAUCCAGAGUCUUCAAUGAAAUUACUUUGUCUUUCAGCAAUUGAAGAGAUGCUAUUUCCUAAAAGCAGUUUUGCAUCCCCAGAGACAAGUGAUUCAGAAAUAGUGGACUUUCAAAUCACGUGGAUCAGAGAGAUAUCUCUAUUGCUAAUCCUCUUGGGUGAUAAAAACCCAGUGUUCUCAAAGGCUGUAUUGCGUCUUCAUCUUCAUCUGGGACAAUGUACUACUCUGAACUCUCCUCUCUCACGGGAGCUUGACAACAUGCAGUAUGCAUUUAGAGAAUUUUACUGUGCAGUGGGUGAUGGUGAUACUUCCUAUGGUCCUUUUAUGAAGCUUCCAAGAGAGAUCCAGGAACUUUCUAUCUGUUGCCUGUAUUUCUUCUCUUUCCUGGACCCAUGCAUGCUUCAGUCGAUAGCUACUUGUUGCUUGUGCCAGGAUCUGGAUCCAUUACUCGUAUUUCGUUUCUUGGAGGUUCUGAGUUCUGCUUACAGAGCUGGACAUAUCCAGAUUGCCGAUUAUAUUAGUUUUCUCAUCACGUUAUUGUCACGAUAUGAAGUUUUUCAAGUUUGUCCUGAAAGCAGUUCGCUCAACGUGGAGAAAUUUGGGAAGUCAAAUUCUGAAUUGUUUAGGUCUGUCGCCAAAAUUGUUUGCUCUUGUCUAAAUCAGAUUGGGGAUGAUCAUCUUGUUUUUAAGAUGCUAGAGGGAGCAGUUAUUGAUCAGAUUUCAAAUAAACGACCCUUGGAGAACACAUGUGCAUUGCUUAGAAUGAUUCUCACACUUGAUUCAAAGCCCACAAAACUUUCUGAGCAGAGCAUUUCCAGAUUAGUCAAUGUCCUUCCAGGAUACUUGAUCGAUGUUUCUAGUUUACAAGAAGAUUCUGGGGCAAAUAACACCAGUUGUCCUAGCAAAAGCCGUUACUUUAUUUUGCCUUGUCUUCUCUUGUUUCAUAAGAGUGAAAAGAUUUUAAUUGAUGUCUUGAAUGCGAUGGCACGUUUUAUCUCUGGAAACGAUGCACCUACUUCCGAUGGUCAAAUUGGUCGUGUUACGAGUGAUGACCUUUCAAGCAGGGUAAUUCCAGUCGUUCGUGUCCUCCUGCUAAUUCAUGAGGAUGAUGCAGUUCGAAAAAUACUAUUGUGUUGCAAGAAAGAGAUUGAUGACAUACUGCAAAUCAUAAAGUCUUAUGAAGGAUACAAUUUGAACAUCCAAGAGAAGCACAAAAUACAAUGUGCAUAUGAUCAAUUAAAGACACUCACUGGUAGAUAGCAAGGCGAUGGUGCUAGUAAUGUGAAAAGACCCCGAGUAGGACUAGUUUAUGGUUGACAUCAAAUGAACGUAUUAUACUUCUACGAAUGUUUGGAGUUUCCCAAAGCUUUUAUCAACGCGUUUUCUUUCGUCUUGUUGGAAGUUUCACACUUGCAUCUUUACUCUUGCUGUUCUGUUGUAACAAUGGCAUAAAGUUCUUAGCCGACUUCACUCACAAAAUCUGGAAAGCUAACCAAAAUAUUUGGGUACUACAGUUUGCAAGCUGGUAUUAGCGUGAUGAAUUGCUGCUAUCUUGCUUGCUGGAAUCUUUGUGCUGACAAGUUUUGACAUUGGCAUUAUUCGACUUGCCUAUUUUUGUAGGUUUACGUAGAGCCAUAUAUGUCUCUGGUUUGUAAAGGGAAUGAUACUCAUCAAAGAAAUGCAAUGACAAAACUUGCUUAGUUU